CUGUCAGUCGGCCGCGGCGUGAGGAGCGCAGAGAGCGGUAGCGGCGCGCUGGGACCUGAGUUGUGUAGGUUCAGGACGGUGAAAUACAAGGAGGAAUACAAUAAGGUCUGGCUGAGAGAUCAAUUAUGUUUGUAAAAAUGGAAUUUCAAGCAAUAGUAAUGGCAGUUGGAGGGGGAUCUCGGAUGACAGACCUGACUUCCAGCAUUCCUAAACCUCUGCUUCCAGUUGGUAACAGACCUUUAAUUUGGUACCCAUUAAACCUGCUUGAGCGUGUAGGAUUUGAAGAAGUCAUUGUCAUUACAACCAGAGAUGUCCAAAAGGCUCUAUGUGCAGACUUUAAUAUGAAAAUGAAGCUAGAUAUUGUAUGUAUUCCUGAUGAAGCUGACAUGGGAACUGCAGAUUCUCUGCGCCACAUAUAUCAGAAACUUAAGAUAUUGAAUGAUAACAGCAUUUACUUUCUGAGACAACAUUGUCACCACUUCAGAGGCAUCUGCAUUGGGACAGACAUUCUAGUCCUGAGCUGUGAUCUGAUAACAGAUGUUGCAUUACAUGAGGUUGUGGACCUAUUCAGAGCUCAUGAUGCAUCACUCGCCAUGUUAAUGAGAAAAGGCCAAGAUGGCUUACAGCCAGUUCCAGGUCAAAAAGGGAAAAAAAAAGCAGUGGAGCAGCGAGACUUCGUUGGAGUGGACAGCACAGGAAAGAGGCUGCUCUUCAUGGCUAAUGAAGCAGACUUGGAUGAGGAGCUGGUCAUUAAGGGAUCCAUCCUGCAGAAGCACCCUAGAAUACAUUUCCACACAGGCCUUGUGGAUGCCCAUCUCUACUGCUUGAAAAAAUACGUUGUGGACUUCCUAAUGGAAAAUAAGUCAAUCACUUCCAUCCGGAGUGAACUGAUUCCAUACCUCGUAAGAAAACAGUUCUCCUCAGCUUCAUCACAACAAGGACAAGAAGAAAAAGAGGAGGAUCUAAAGAAAAAGGAGCCAAAGUCCUUAGAUAUUUACAGUUUUAUAAAAGAAGCGAAUACAUUGACCUUUGCUCCCAAUGAUGCCUGCUGGAAUGCCUGUCAAGGAGACAAUUGGGAAGAUUUGUCUAGAUCACAGCUGCGCUGCUACGUCCAUAUCAUGAAAGAGGGGCUUUGCUCUCGAGUGAGCACCCUAGGACUCUAUGUGGAAGCAAACAGACAGGUGCCCAAAUUGCUACCUGUUAUCUGUCCAGAAGAAUCACUGGUGCAUUCAUCAGCCCAGAUUGCCAGUAAACACCUGGUUGGAGUUGACAGCCUCAUUGGGCCAGAUACACAGGUUGGAGAGAAGUCAUCCAUUAAGCACUCAGUCAUUGGUUCAUCCUGCAUCAUAAGAGAUAGAGUGACUAUCACCAAUUGUCUUCUCAUGAACUCAGUUACUGUGGAGGAAGGAAGCAACAUCCAGGGCAGCGUCAUCUGCAACAAUGCUGUAAUCGAGAAAGGAGCAGACAUCAAGGACUGCCUAAUUGGAAAUGGCCAGCGGAUUGAAGCCAAAGCCAAACGAGUGAAUGAGGUGAUCGUGGGGAAUGACCAGCUUAUGGAGAUAUGAGUUCUGACCAAGUCAGAUUCCAUCCUCUUGGCCCUCAGAACUACAGAUGUUGACUGGCCCACCUGUUUGACUCUGUAUUUAUUUUCCAAUAAAAGAAGGGCUCACAAAGGCAUGCUGGAGACUUGGGCAGUAGUCCCAAGCUCCACAUCAGGUGGGCUCCAGGGAUA